AUGCAGAACAUCCAUAUAGAUCGGCUCGUUCCAGGCGCGUCGUUCCCAAUGGACGCUCCCGAGGGUCGCGGCGUGCGGUACACGUCAGUAACCGCUACUUCAGGAGAUUCGAUUUCAUCAGCUGGUGGUCGCUUCUCUCCCGCCCUUGGCCCAACUUCUCGCGGAAUCUCCGGCGGCAAUGGCGGCGGCGCGCCGGAGGACCGCGCGAGGCGCGUUAAGAGCCUAUUAGAAGGGUAUUACGGGCACGGGGGUGGAGCACCGGGAGCGGAAGACGCGGCGGGAUCUGCGGCUGGGACUUCUGGGGGUCGCGAUGAUAUCAACUCGAGAGCAUUUGACGCGGACUCGUUUGUAGCAAACUUGAUCCGGCAAGCCAAGCUGGACGAUCUGCUACAGAAGCAUGUCUCCUGGGCGGUAGAGAUAAAGAACCUGGACAGUGACAUGCAGAUGCUGGUGUACGAGAAUUACAGCAAAUUCAUCAGCGCUACUGACACCAUCCGCACCAUGAAGGACAACGUGGCGAGCAUGGAGUCAAGCAUGGAACAGCUGCUUCGCACGGUGACGACAGUGCAGGAGCAGAGCACUGCGAUCAACAGCAAUCUGUCGGAGAGGAGGGAGCGGAUCGAGCAGCUUAACGGCACUCGCAGCCUGCUGAGGAAAGCACAGUUUAUAUUUGACCUACCCAAGCGCCUCAGAACCUACUCCAAGAACCAUCAAUAUCGUGCAGCAGUCAAGGCUUACGUGGGGGCCCUACCCAUUCUGCAGUCCUAUGGCGAUACCUCCUUCCGAACGUGCAAGAAGGAGGCUGAUGACGUCAUGGCUGGCAUCAGCAAGAGGCUGCAGGCGCGGGUGAUGAGUGAGGAGGAGGCGAUGGAGCAGAGGGCGGAGGCGGCUGAAUUGCUGCAGGAGCUAGGCCACCAGGUGGGCCCUCUCAUGGAUGCGUAUCUGUCAACGCACUGGGAGCGGCUGAUUGGGGAGCUGAGGCAAGCAAGCGACGAGGUGGGCAGGAAGGAGGAGAGCGGCGUGGUUGACCCAACUGCUCCCUCUCAGACCUUUGUUGAGGCGCUCAAGAGAGACUUCAUGGAUGAUUUCGAGCGCACUGCAGCGUCGUUUCGAGGGAUAUUCCCCAUGGGAGGGGACAAGCUCACAGAGGCCACUCGUUCUUUAUUCAACGAGUACAUCACAUACCUGCACCGCUGCAUGCAGCCAUCAGACACCCGGUCGUCUUCUGACCUCGUGUUUGCUCUCAGAAAGAUCUCUCAGGACGUGGUGAAGAUGUCAGAACUGGUCCCUGAUGCUGACCUGCAGGACAGAGCAGCGGAGGCAAUGGCAGCAGCAGUGCGCGAUCACAUCAUGCAAGGCUUUGCACUCCUAGAGAUCCGAAUCACAGACGCACUGCAUGCAGUGGCAGCAAAGCCAGGAGCCCCAGGUUCCCUGCCCUCCCUCGCUGCUGCUCAGCCCAAGUCGCUCCGGGGAGGGGGGGACAGGCCGCUGGCAGCAGUGUUAGAAUCAGUGCAAGGACUCAUCCUCAACUCGUCCCUGCGGCUGCUGGAGGAUUUCAGAUCUCUCCUGCACGACCGAGUCGACCUCCUCUCCUCCUGGACCGAUGACUUCCUCUCUCUCGUCCAAUCGCAGCUCUCCGUUCUCUUCGCCUCGCUCAACUCGCACUUCCUCUCACUCUCCACCCCUCCUCCUGCCCACGUGCAUCAAUCCCCCACCGGCACAGAACGGCCCCCUCCUUCCACCCCUGGGUCAGCAGGGGGACCCGUGCCCAUGCUGGUGCUGCUGCUAGCCCAGCUCUCUCUCUUCAUCCAACACACUGCGCUGCCCAAGCUAGCCACGAUCCUCGAGACUCAGUUUGCUCCUCGCAACAUCCGUCUGGACGAUGAGAGCGACCAGCUCUUCUCCUCCUCGGACCUCAUGAGGCAGUUCCAUGAUACUUCCGAGAAGCUUCUGCAGCAGUACGUGGAUCUGGAGGCUCGCAAGCUGCAUCAGAUGAUCGCCAAGAGCGUAUCCACACCCAACUGGGUCAAG